AGGAUUAUAAAGACUGAGCGCCCCACCACACGAACUCUAAUAUAAACUUACCCAAGCCCUAAUUCAUAACUCUAUUUUUCUCUCUCAUUUUCGGGAACGCAAAUCCGAACUCUUCUACACACUUCGUCGCUUCUCUCGUUUCAGCUUUACUAUUAAAUCCAACAUCUUUUUGGAGAAUGGGAGACAGUGAAACGGUGGUUGCACAAACAUCUGGAGUCGUGGGGUACACAUAUUCUUCCACCGAAUAUGCUGGUACUGGCUCAAAUGCUGUUCCUGAUGCUGGUGCCUUUGCAGCUGUAGAUACCAGAACUUUAGCUGGAUCUGCUGCUCCUACAGAUGCAGCAUAUUCUCUGACUGAUGGUUCAAAUUUAGGUGAGGGGAACACAUAUGGCACAGAUCCAAAUACUGUUAUGCAAGAGGCCCCUGGUAGUAUAACCUAUGAGGCUAGUGCUGGUACAACUGAGACUAGCUCGAAUCUUGCAGCUGCUGAGUUGUCUCAAGCUGCUGGUUAUGACUCAUCUGUAAAUGGAAAUGCUAUUACUGAAGCCAGGAAUUUCCCUUCUGUUGACAAUGGAAAUGCUUCUGAUGUUGGUGGAGCUGCUGUUGAGCCACAGUUUGAGGAAGGUUCUGUGCCAGCAAUGUCUGCUGAAGAAGAUCGAUUGUGGAGUAUAGUGAGAGCUAAUUCUUUAGAUUUUAAUGCAUGGACUGCCCUAAUUGAAGAGACAGAGAAGAUUGCAGAGGACAACAUAUUGAAAAUCCGAAGGGUUUAUGAUGCCUUUUUAGCAGAAUUUCCUUUGUGUUAUGGUUAUUGGAAGAAGUAUGCGGAUCAUGAGGCACGUCUUGGGUCUAUUGAAAAAGUUGUUGAGGUCUAUGAACGGGCAGUUCAAGGUGUGACUUAUUCUGUGGAUAUUUGGUUGCACUAUUGCAUAUUUGCCAUAAGCACAUAUGGAGAUCCAGAUACAAUCAGAAGGCUGUUUGAACGGGGACUAGCUUAUGUAGGAACAGAUUACCUGUCAUACCCCCUUUGGGAUAAAUUCAUAGAAUAUGAGUAUUCACAGCAGGAGUGGUCGCGUCUUGCAAUGAUCUACACGAGGAUAUUGGAGAAUCCAAAUCAGCAACUGGAUCGCUAUUUGAACAGCUUCAAGGAGUUAGCUGGAAGUCGCCCCUUAUCAGAAUUAACUACUGCUGAGGAAGCAGCUGCUACUGCAGGUGCAUUUUCAGAUGCUAAUGGCCAAGGGAUUGAGGGGGAGGCUCGUCCUGAUGAAGUGGAACAAUCUUCUAAACCUGUAAGUGCAGGCUUAACAGAUGCAGAGGAGUUGGAGAAGUAUAUCGCCAUUAGAGAAGAGAUGUAUAAGAAAGCUAAAGACUUCGAUUCUAAGAUCAUUGGCUUUGAAACAGCUAUCAGGAGGCCCUACUUUCAUGUGCGGCCCCUUAAUGUUGCAGAGCUUGAAAAUUGGCAUAACUAUCUGGAUUUUAUUGAAAGAGGAGAUGACUUUAACAAGGUUGUUAAAUUAUAUGAAAGAUGCCUAAUUGCAUGUGCAAAUUAUCCCGAGUACUGGAUACGAUAUGUUUUAUGCAUGGAGGCCAGUGGAAGCAUGGAUCUUGCAAACAAUGCCCUUGCUCGUGCUACUCAAGUUUUUGUCAAGCGACAGCCAGAGAUACAUCUUUUUGCUGCUCGAUUCAGAGAGCAGAAGGGGGAUAUUCCAGGAUCUCGGGCUGCGUAUCAACUUGUGCAUACUGAAAUUUCACCUGGUCUACUAGAAGCAAUUAUUAAGCAUGCAAACAUGGAACAUCGGCUAGGAAAUUUGGAAGAUGCCUUUUCUUUGUAUGAGCAGGCUAUCGCCAUUGAAAAGGGGAAAGAACAUUCACAAACAUUACCAAUGCUGUUUGCACAGUAUUCCCGUUUUCUAUACCUGGUUACUGGCAACACUGAAAAGGCUAGGGAAAUUUUAGUUGAAGCUCUUGAGCAUGUUCAACUGUCAAAACCACUUCUUGAGGCCUUAAUCCAUCUAGAAUCAAUUCAAUCACUUCCAAAGCGAAUUGAUCAUUUAGAUUCAUUGGUUGAUAAGUUCAUUCAUACCAACCCUGAAAGCCCCAAUGCUGCAAGUGCUGCUGAAAGAGAAGAGCUAUCUAGCAUCUUUUUGGAAUUUCUGGAUCUCUUUGGAGAUGCACAGUCUAUCAAGAAGGCUGAUGAUCGGCAUGCCAAGCUUUUCUUACACCAUCGAAGUACAUCAGAGUUGAAAAAGCGUCAUGCGGAGGAUUUUCUAGCUUCAGACAAAGCAAAACUAGCCAAAUCUUACUCUGGUGUUCCCUCACCUGCUCAGUCAUUGAUGGGUGCAUAUCCAAGUGCUCAAAACCAAUGGGCUUCAGGUUAUGGUUUACAGCCCCAAGCUUGGCCACAAGCUACGCAAGCACAGGGUCAACAGUGGAACCCAGGUUACACCCAGCAGGCUGCAUACAAUGCAUAUAGUGGUUACGGAAGCAGCUAUACCCACCCACAAAUACCAACAUCAGUGCCACAGACUGCUGCUUAUGGUGCUUAUCCUCCAACAUAUCCUGUUCAGGCUGCGCCCCAGCAAGGUUAUGCACAACCAGCUGCAGCAGCAGCAGCAGCAUUGGCCCCAGCUCAGCAACCAGCUUCAGCAUCUCAGGCCUAUUAUGGGAGUUACUAUUGAGCUGGCAAAGAUUAUUUCCAGCCAGUUUUGCCACAUGUACUCUAUUUCUCCUUUGUUCAUCUCCAUACGAACUUGAGCUUUAACUUGGUGUUUCUCAGACAUUGUUUUGGCGUAGUUGAGGCACUCACAAGAGAAUUAUUGAGUAGUAAUAUGUUCUAAUUGCGAUCUGUCUGGAAUGAGGCAUUUGCGAUGGAAUUGUAUUUUAGCUA